CCCAAAUAAAGGAGUCCUUAAGCCAAAGAGGGCUAUUUUCGUCAUUAUAUUCCCAAAUCCCGGAGCGUUUCCCUCCUUAUUCUAUUCCCCUUCCAUCCUUCCCUCAAAUCCUCGAGAGAGAAACAACCAGAAUCCACGUCACGAGCCAUUACCCAAACCCCAUAACCCUAACCCCCGAAACCCUAUUCCCGGGAACCACCAACGAUAAACCCUACCCCUAUCUCCGUCGACUCCUCAUCGUCCGCCUCAUCAUGAAGAUCGCGAUGCAAGACGUGGCGAAGAAGCUCGCGCUGUGGCACACGCCGACCUUUCGCCCCAUCAUUACCCACGAUGAUCUGGAGCCCAUCAUGGCUUCCAUCGGCUUUGUUUCCCUCUCGAAAGAGCAGCAACCCACAGCCGCGAUGCAGUGGAAGGAGUACUGUUUUGGUCCUUCGCCGCCAUCUUCGAUAUCUCCGGCGGUGUUUUGCGGGGUCUCGAAGCCGCGGCCGAGGCUUCCGUUUCCGAGGAUCGACGGGCUUCACCUCCUUUCGUAUAAGGCUUUCCUAUGCGCUCUCGAGCAAUAUAUCUCGCCUGCUGAGGUUCAUAAUCUCUUUCAUGUGAGGGCUAUGCCUCUCACCCGCCUCCAAGAUCGGGUUUUCGAGAAGGCCUACCGUCCGAUGAAGGGAUGUGAAAUUGAUGAUGACGGCAUCUAUGUAUUCCGCGACGGCACAAUCGAUCACAGCAUGUUUGAGCAAAUUUCAGCCAUGGAAUGCAGUAUCGAAAGUGAUGAUGAGUUUGAUGAUAUUCGAAUCAAGGGAUCUCGAAGUCACUCCGACAGCACAAUUUCUCUAGUUCCAUGGGACAGCCUUCUACCAGACAGGGAGAGAUCAGUGGCCCAAGCUGACAGAUGCUAGUAGACAUUCUUCUCUUUUCUUCUACUUAAUUCUUGGUUUGUAACGAAUUGAUUUUUUACAAUUAGCCAUAAGGUUUGGUGACACCAAUUUUCCAAUGAAGUUGAGUUUUAGUAGAUCAGUUGUGAAGAAGUGUGAAUAUAACAUACAUAUUUUUGGGUUUAG